AAGUGCUAAGUCACGUCACGUGACCAAAGCGUCCUGCAGGCCGGUAAAAACUGAACUGCGGGGGGUCUUAGCUUCUGUCGCUCCGCUCUGAGUUGACCCUGGUCCCGGUAUGUCCGCGGUCUGUCUGCACCGGACCCGCUGCUUCCUCCGGCUGGUGCUACCCGGCUUUCCCUCCGCCAUGCGCAGAUACUACAACCUGGAUGUAUCUGCUCCGCUGCUCCGGACGCAGGGCUACGUGAACGGCCGCUGGGUCUCCGCAGCCUCGGUCUUCCCCGUCCUGGACCCGGCCACCGGGCAGGAGAUAGCCCAGGUGUCGGACUUCGGCCCCACGGAGGCCAAGCAGGCGGUGGACGCCGCGUACGAGGCGUUUCAGUCCUGGAAGCAGGUCACAGCGAAGGAGAGAAGCGUCCUGCUGAGGAAGUGGUUCGACCUGCUGACGCUGCACAAAGACGACCUCGCCAAACUCAUCACCUUCGAAUGUGGUAAGCCGAUACGCGAGUCUCUCGGGGAGGUGGCGUACUCCGCCUCCUUCCUGGAGUGGUUUUCAGAGGAGGCCCGGCGAGUGUACGGAGACAUCGUCCCAUCUCCUGCCAAAGACAGAAAGAUCCUUCUCCUCAAGCAGCCCGUCGGCGUCGCCUCCAUCAUCACGCCGUGGAAUUUUCCCAGCGCCAUGAUCACCAGGAAGGUUGGAGCUGCUCUGGCGGCUGGCUGCACGGUGGUGGUUAAACCGGCCGAGGACACGCCACUGUCGGCUCUCGCUCUGGCAGAGCUGGCGGAGCAGGCGGGGAUCCCAGCUGGGGUGUUCAACGUGGUUCCUUGCUCCAGAGAGAAGACCCCGUCGGUCGGGCAGGUUCUCUGCACCGACCCACUGGUGGCCAAAAUCUCCUUCACUGGAUCCACGGCCACUGGGAAGGUGUUGUUAAAAAUGGCUGCUGACACGGUGAAGAAGGCAUCCAUGGAGCUCGGUGGCCACGCUCCUUUCAUCGUAUUUGACAGUGCUGAUGUGGACAAGGCAGUGGGCGGAGCCAUGGCGUCUAAGUUCAGGAACUCUGGACAGACAUGUGUGUGUUCCAACCGGUUCCUGGUUCAGAGUGGGAUCUACAAACACUUCGUGGACGCUUUGGGACGAGCGAUGGACGCCGAGCUCCGAGUAGGUCACGGCUCAGAGCCCGACACCACCCAGGGGCCGCUCAUCAACACCAGAGCUGCAGAGAAGGUGGUCCAGCAGAUUUCGGAUGCCGUGUCCUGCGGCGCGAAGGUUUUGAAAGGCGGGAAGCGUCUGGGCGGAUCCUUCAUGGAGCCGACUCUGCUGGCCGACGUCACCACGGAGAUGCUGUGCACGAAGGAGGAAACAUUCGGGCCGCUGGUACCGGUCAUCAGGUUUCACACGGAGGAGGAGGCGCUGGCCGUGGCGAAUGCUUCCAACGUGGGACUGGCAGGUUACUUCUACUCUCAGGACGUCGCUCAGAUCUGGCGGGUGGCCGAGGCGUUGGAGGUGGGCAUGGUAGGGGUCAACGAAGGCCUUCUGUCCACAGCUGAGGCCACCUUCGGCGGGGUCAAGCAGUCCGGUUUGGGCCGUGAAGGCUCCAAGUACGGCAUGGAUGAGUAUCUGGAGGUGAAGUACGUGUGCUUCGGGGGUUUGAAACCCUGAAGCAGCAGCAGCACCGUGAUCAUCGUACAGGUGCAGCUCAGCUUUUGUUUCCUUCCACAGAUUAACAUUCUAAUUUUAAUCCAGAGGAACUUUAUGCUGCUAAUUUAGCUCAAACUGACAUUUCACAAAUCUUUAUUAACAAUGACAAUUAUUUACAAUCGUCUCCUUUAACGUGAUGAACCAGGUCUAACCCACCCAAAACAGGCUCAGUAGAACGUCUGGAAGAAACAGAACAUCACGAUGAUCUUCCCCGAUUAAAUAAGCUGUUUCCCAUAAAGACAGAAGCUGCUCUGACUGGUCCUGAUCCAGCUCCGUGGGACCGGUUCUGGUUCAGGAUGAGCAGAUCCACAUUUCACCAACAAGCCAACUUCGUCUUUGUGCCAAAUCCAGACUGUUGGUGUAAAAUGCUCCAGUUCUGGCUCAUCAGAACUUCAGGGCCAGAUGCAGGACUGGGCCGAGUUGUCCCGGCGACGGUUCUGUCAGGUCCGGCCCAAGAGGGUUUAAUGAAAAUGUUCCUUCUGGACAGAUCAUAAUCUGUGUUCUCCGUUUCCAUGGUAACCGGUGGUGGUGAAAUACAUUUCUAGAGUAUAGUUUGACGGGUGUGAUGAAAUGUAGGAAUAAAUGUAAAUGUUGGGAGGAAACGGGCUCGUCCGCAUGUCUAAAUAAAUAAAUGUAACAUA